AUGCCAAAAAAACAUUUACCAACGACAACGUUGAAUGGUAACUAUGAAUCUAAUUUACCGUUUCGUCGUGACACUAUUCAUAAUACUGAUCUACCAUCGGAGAAUGAAGAUUUUAUUCCGGUUCCAAUACAAAUAUUUUUAUGGCGACAAAGCAGUCCAUUUAUUAAACAGAAAUUUGGUAAUUUAACCGAUGCAUCAGCUAUAAUUUUUGAUCGAGUGCUUGUUCAAAAUAUCUUGCAUGGUUUAUCACCGAGUCUUACAGAUGCUAUAUCAAGUAUUCCAAGAUGGUUGUUAAAGAAAGCAGCAUUUCCACAUGUAAUGCAUGCAUGUUCAUCUGUCAUGAAACAAAAUCUUCCGUUAAUAGAACAACAACAACAGCAACACUCAUUUCCAACAAGUCAUUCAUCGUUACUUGUUACAACACCAUCAUCUCACUCGCCAACAGUUUCAACACAAAUUCAAAUCCCAUCUCAUCUCCAGUUACCAACAUCUCUAAAUUCCGCAAUGAGUUCAAUUGAAAAUCAAUUAAAUCAAUCAUACUCACCUUGUCGUUCAUCAGCAAUCGUUAAUCAUUCAUUAAGUCCAAUAGAAAUUCGUCUUUUUCAUACAUUAAAUUGUCUUAUAUUAGAAUCUAGUGAAAGUAAAAGUCAACCUUGUUCAUUAAACGCCAUUCAAUUGUUCAUAUAUUUAUUCUUUCCAUAUAUACAUACUUAUUUGCAAGGUAACAAAAGAGAAUUUUUAUCUAAUCCUGAUCUUGCACAAGGUAUGCGCAUUAUUUGGCAACCGUUAUUUGAAUAUUGUCAACCAGAUAUUCGUCUAUUUAAUGCUCUUGUAAAACCGGUUCUAAUAACAAAUAAUCAUCGCGAGCAGAGAUUUUCCAGCGAUAAUAAUAAUCAACUUAAUCGUUCAUCUACUUUAAUCCAUUCAUCCAUACAAAGAUCAUCUACUGAAAUGCAAUUUUCAUGUGAUUUGAAGAAACAAUAUUCGCUCGAUCAACCGAAUAUUUACAGUGAAGCAAGUAAUACAAAUUAUUUUCAAUCGAAAGUGAAUAUUCAAGAAAAACAAAAUUUAAAUACAAUAAUUCGAAAUGCUUCUGUUACGACAACAAUAUGUCAAUCUAUAAUUGAUUUUUCAAAUUAUGAAAUAGCAAAUAAUAAUCAAACAAGUCUAGCACCAAUCGUACAUAUGGAGUCUAUUUGUUCAAUAUCUAAUGCUAGUCAGCCAACAAUAUCACCACAAACCACAGUUCCUAAUACAUCUCAUAUAAACUUUGGUAUGCCAAAAUCGCUGUCAGCACCAUCUAUGCAUUUACAUUUUCCUUCUACUCGACAACCACCAAAUAUUUCAAAUGCUGAUGUAAAUAAUAUAAUCUCAUCACCUAAAACACGUUCUCCUGAAUAUCUUUUAUUUGCAACUUAUUUUGAUAUUGGAAUAAUACGAACUUUAUUCAAUCCAUCAUGGUUAACCGAUGGUUAUCUUUGGUGUUUAGAAUAUUUAAAUAAACGUAUGAUUAACAUAUCCGAUGAAAUGUUAUCUGAUUCUUUAACAAAUGGUAUAUUACCAAUAAAUAAUCUUCGUAUUAAAAGUCUUUCAAUGCCGCAAAUAAAUACUAUAAAUGAAAACAAUUUUUUCUCAUAUUUAAAACAAAAUUAUUUAAAUGAACAAACAACACAUAAUAUUAUUGAGCAACAAUCCAUGACAACUUCACCACCUAAUUCAAUUAAUAAGCCUACCAAACUCCUAAAUGUACAAUGUAAAUUUUCUUCUGAAAAGAUUUCAUAUAAUAAAAACUACACACAAAAGUGUGACAAUUUAUAUAAGAAAGCAAGUAAAAUGUGUUAUAUUGAUGACGAUCGUAUCGAACAUUUGGAUUUAGCUGACACCGAUCGUCAUAGAAAUUUUCGUAAAUUAUCAUCAACAUCAUCACCUCACAGUGGUUGCUUUCGUUUCACUGGUCCAAAUGUAUUAUUAUUUAAAACGUCAAUAUUAAAUAACAUAGAUCCAGUUGGUCAAUCUGCUAACUUCGAAAGUACUGUACAAAAACUAACAGUAUCUAAGUCAACAACUAAUUUAACUGCCAUGAAACUUGGCAGUGUUAGUGACUCAGCAAUAAAUUAUAACUUUUUAGCAGAACCAGAAGAAGCACAAGGUUUAAAUGGAUAUAUUAAUCGAAAUGGUACCGUUAACUUUGGUGUUAUUUUAGCUGGCAUACAUGCUGUUAUAUGUAAAGAACAUCAUUUCAAAGUUUGCGAAUUAGUUAUGAAUAUUCUUGAUGUUUUAUUUGGUUUGACUGUCAUAUCGUCAACAGAAGAUGAAGCAUAUAAAAAACAAUUAUCAAAUAAUGGAAACAAAUACAUCAAAACAACAUUUGAACUAACACAAGAACAUAUCGAAAAAUGGUUAAAACAAAUUGAUACAAUAGAAGAUGAAAAGUUUCAAUUAGCACUGGAUAUUAUAUUAAGAAUACUCAAACGAUUAGGUUGUUCAAAUUGCCAACCUCGUGGUCGAAGUUUUCUUCUUGAUCAAUUACAUGGCAAGGCACGUGUAUUAUUAAAUAAACUACGUUUACUUCAUCACGAACGAUUUGCAAAAUUUUUUCUCCAUUUUACUCUUACUGCAGAUCUUGCUCAUGUACUUGAUAUACUACAUGCGUUCUGUAGCUAUUGUUCUGCAUCAACUAUUGGCUUAGCUCACUAUGCACCCUAUCUUACAACAAACCAUGAUGUAAAAUCACCUCAAACAUAUUCAAAUAAUUUUGCGAAUACUCAUCUUGGAACAGGACUGAAAGGUGUUGAUGGUUUUAUAUUCAAUAUUAUAUUUAAACCAUUGGUUACACGUAUAAAUCAAAUGGAAGAACAUUUACUAAUUCCAGAUAAUGUGAAAUUAUAUAGUGAAUGUCGUGCUUUUUUAACAUAUGUGAAAGAGCAUCAUGGUGGAAUAUUUCGUUCAGUAGCAUUUUCUUCAUUAAUUGAUGCAGAAAAAAAAAUUACAAUACUGCGAAAUUUGAUAAAAGAAAAAUCUACUCACCAAAAUGAUAACAAAUUAAGACGUUCUCCUGAUAACAAUUUGGUCAAGAAUGUUUACGGAAGUAUUGAUCAAGAAUUACAAAAACAAUCUGCCAUAGCAGAACAAUCACCAGUUAUUAAUAGUAAACGAAAAGGAAGUCAACCAAUAACUGAAUCAUUAACAGAAGGUGAUGAUCAUAGCUUAUACGAACAUCAAAAACAAAGUUUAUACGUUGAUUUAACGUGUGUUCGUAUGGGAUUGUUACGUUUACAUUGUCUUUUGCAAUCAUCACCGCCGGGUUCAUUGCCAGAUCCACAAUUUCUUCAUAAUCUACUUGUUUUGGAUGCGCCAAUUAUUUCUAAAGCAGCAUUUCUUAUAGAAUGCGCACAUUUUGUACGUUGUUGCUCAUUGGGACAAUGGCCUGUAUCGAUGCGUAUAAAUACAGCAACAUUUCGUUCACAUGAGACACAUACUGGACGUACAAAUGGAAGUAUAAACGUAAGAGCAAAUAAAAUAUAUCAAGCAGCAGCAGGUAGAAUGUUUUAUAUAUGGGGCGAUGCUCUUUCAUCUCAACUUGAAUCUAUUUUAAAUAUUGAACUACAGCAAAAUUUAUCUACAAAUUUAUGGAAUAAAGAUGAAAUAUUUGAAGAUUAUUAUAAUGAAGCCAUUGUUAAUCGUUCCGGUCAUGAUUGUCCACAUGCAUUAAAAUUACUUGUCUGUUUACUUCUCUAUGAAAUUACAUCAUUUUUACGUGAAACUUAUGAAACACUUCCAAAACUUUCAUCAUUACGAAUAGAAGCAGCUAACUGUCGACAGCAGCGAACUAACAAUACACAACAUAGUACAGAUGUACCAUCCAAUAUUAUGGAUAAGCAUUCAACAGGUCGCCUACGCAUGGAUAGUCUUGGUUCGCAAAUAUCAAAUAGAAGUACAAUUUCAUUAAUAAGUGAAAAGCAGCCAUUUUCACCACAGAUGUUAUCAACAGCAACAAUCAACAUGAACCCAUUAGCUCGUGAGCGACACAUUAGUUUUGCUAUUCCUAAAGAACAUGAUUCAAAUGAAAGCAAUCAUACAGCUAUUCUUAUGAAUGAUGAUGAUAGCGGUGUUGGAGCCGCAGAUGGAUAUUCUACAUCAGUAUUUACUGCAGCACAUAAACGAAAAAGCAUAGCUGGAAUUCCUAUGAAAUCAAAAUUAAGUCGACGAAAUAGUACUAAACUAACAAAACUACCAGUCAGAAUGAAAGAUGUUGGCAAAAGUACACAUCGUUCAUCUUUUCGAGCAAGACGUCGUAGUCAUAUUUCAAAUACUACAACUGAUAAUGAUGUUCAUCAAAAUAUGACUACUGAAUGUUCAACUACGGAGGCAACAAUUGAACAUCCAGCUUCUGCUGAUGAUGAAUUAGAGCUCGAAAAAUUCGAUAAUUUUAUAAAUACUAGACCAAUGCCAUGGAUGAAUGUCGUUAUAAAAAUAUUUAAUAAUGUUAAUUUAACAUGUAAUCAUCAAUUAAAAUGUUUAUCAACUUGUUAUGAAAAACAAGCAAAAAGUUGUAGAAACAUUCUUGUUGCAUUACUAAAUAUGUAUCAAUCAUCGUCAUCGUCAACGUUCUAUUCUCGCUCAUCAUCUAUGCAAACAAAUUUAAAAUGUACUGACGCAGGAGCCAAUACAGCACGACGAGUUGGAUCAUUGAUGCAGAUCCCAUUAAUGAUACUUUGUAAAUCGUCCGUUUUAUUAGAAGACGAACAUUAUUCACAAAUUCUUCCUUUAUCCUGGGAAUUAUUACUUGAUAGAAAUGAAGAAUUAUCUUCUUGUGCUGCAACAAUUGUAAUACUUACAGCUGCUCGUGCUCAUACAUUAGUCGAAGAAUUAAUUCACAAAGAGAUGGAGAAUGCUUCUCCGUUAGUUCGAUACAAUGCCAUAUUAAAAUUUCAAAUUUUAUGGCGUUUUCGUCAUCAACUUUGGGUUCGAUUAGAAAAUGAUGCACAUUCAACAAUGAAGAUUCUUCCGCCAAGUAUAGAGUUUGUUUUACCAUCGCCCACACUUGGUUUAGCUAAUCUUCAAACCGUUGAUCCCCCAUGGAUGCCACAUGUUAAAACACUUGUUCAACAAGUUGCAAUUAAUCAAGAAGAAGUUCGAGCUGUUGUUACAACUAGUAAAACAAGAAAAAGACAUCAACAAGAACUAAUACACUCAGCAUUAAUGACUGAAGACAUAAGUAAACGUGUUGCAAGAGAAAAUUUUGCCAUAUCAAUUGUUCCGAUGUUAGAAGGAGCAUCAUUUGAACCUCUUUUAAAUCUGUCGGAAGACGAAGAAGACGAGGCACAUACUGAUGAUGAUAGAAUUAUGGAUACAAGUAUACAGCUUUGUGAAGCACAAGGAACACUUCCAUCAGUAUUUGGUGCAGCAAUAUUUCAUCUUGUUGAUAUGCUUGAAGAUGAAGAAGUUAUUAACAAUGGUGCAAUAGUAUCUGGUGCAGCUCGAAAAGUUCUCUGGAAUUGCUUGCUUGAUGAGCCCACAUUAUUUAUUCGUUUCUUUUUUGAAAAAAUUUCACAAAAAGAACGUCGCAUAAAAUCGUUACAAAGUCUUCAUCAUCUGAUGAUAUAUUUCACCGAUAUUCCACCUCAAUUUGCUCAUGCUAUAUUUAAUUACGUACUUGGCUUAUUAUCAAGUAUGGUACGUUCACCUCUUGAUGGCUCACAAGAACUAAUUGUCAAUGGCCUUACAUUACUUUGGCAAAUCGUGCCUUAUCUUCAUGGACUUGUUUUAAAAGAUCUAAAACAAAUUCUACGUAAAGAACAAGCUGAAAUGCUCAUAUUAGUAACUGGAAACAUGCCGUCAACAAAAAAAGUUAUUAUACAUGGUCCGGAUAUGUCACAAAUUCCAACACAAGCAAUUAUAUCUGAAGAUACACAAUUCAGUAGUGUUUUACAAGAAGCAUUAGAGUUUUUUGGUAUUCCUAGUUCGAAACGUGAACAAUAUUAUUUAAUUGAUGUUAAAACACAACUAAUUCACAUACCUGAUACAUAUGUGCGAGAUUUUUAUUUUUUUCGACGAAAUAUUUAUCCACAAUUAUCAUUAGUUUAUAUGGAUGGAAAAAAGUCACAACAAGGACUUGAACGUAUGGCAAUUUUUUUAAAAACAACAGAACUAUCGAAAGUUUUAUUUGCACGUUACUUACUGGAAACUAUGCCAUUUAAUCAAAUAAAUAAUUGUAUUACAUUUUUUCAUGAUGAACUUAUUAAAAGUCCAUUAUUUCCACGUAAAUCAUUAGAAUCGGAUUUUAAUCUAUACACAACAAUACACAAUAAAGAAGUGUUUAAUUUAGAUAUGUUACAUAAAUAUAAUUGGUAUGUAUUUUUAUCCAAAUGUUUAUUUGUAUAA